GUUUGUGCGCAUGGCUGUAGCUGUAAAGUGGCCUCAGCCAACUGGGCUAUUCACCUGUCUCACCUGACAACAGGUGGCUAACACUGGAGCGCUGCCUAGUCACUUCCUUGAACACCGCAGCGGGUUUGUUUUGUCAGGCUUCCAAAAGAUGUACGCUAUUUGCUUAUAUUGAGGCAAAUUUACGAGUUUCAGUCCAGUUUUGAAAACGGUAAAAAGUAAGGUGUUGGUUUGCUCCUACCGGUGGAUUCCUUAAAACAGGUUUCGUCACUUUCCUGUAGGUGUCCUGCCCUUAAUGGCAGUUUAAUGCUUUACAUAUUGAUUUGCCUGCUGUGAACAGGGACAUUCACGAAACUUGUAGUUUUUCUGCUUAAUGUUAAGCUGUGUGGUUGUACAUUAAGAAAAAAAAUGCUGCUAAUAAUCCUUCUGUUCUAUUAAUUUCAUUUCCUGACGAGUUUCAAAUACUGGAAAUACUUGUAUGUCCUCUUUUUGAAUUCAUUGUUCUUUUUUUCUAUUGUCUGCAUGUGUUGCUUUGUGGGGUGGAAAGGGUAUUCAGGAAAAGUUUAAGUUUUUUUUUUACGGUGCUCUAUGACUGAUUUGGACCCCAUCUCCAUUCAAGCCACAAGGGCAUCAAUGCGUUUCCUGCUGCUCUUCAGUCGGCAAGGGCGUCUGCGUCUGCAGAAGUGGUACACGGCUAUAUCAGAGCGUGAGAAGAAGAAGAUUAUAAGGGAGAUGACAACCAUGGUCUUAGCAAGGCAACCGCGCACCUGCAACUUCAUUCAGUGGAAAGACAUGAAGAUUGUUUAUAAGAGGUAUGCAAGCUUGUAUUUCUGUUUGGGCGUGGAGCAUGAGGAGAAUGAGCUUUUAGCCCUGGAGAUUAUUCACCGCUAUGUAGAGCUGCUGGACAAAUACUUUGGCAACGUGUGUGAGUUGGACAUAAUCUUCAACUUUGAGAAGGCUUAUUUUAUCCUGGAUGAGUUUUUAAUGGGAGGAGAGAUCCAGGAAACCUCUAAACAGAUUGUGAAUCGAGCCAUUGAAUCCUCAGACAUGUUACAAGAGGAUGACCACAGUGAGUGGUAUGAGGUGGAGCUGUUUGGAUGACCUUGAAUAUGGACAGACAGACCAUGGAGGAGUAUAUGAGCAAACCUGCGUUUUAGCUGUUGGGAAAGGAGGCUGUGAACUUCGUGGAGGACUCCACAACCUGGAUGUACUGUAAAUGGGUCAUGAAGUUUCUAAAAAUUAGCUUCAUUUAAUCUUUUUUUUUUUUUUUAAACUUUGGAAUGCACAGGAUUGUUUUUUGAACUCAUUUAUACUGAAUUUGAAUUAUAUUACAAUAGACGCUAAGGCUUUAGUUCUUUUUUUUCUAGAAUUAGAAUUGUGAUUUGUUCAUAUUAAAAUCAUACCUUUAAUUAAUAUAUUGACAUUUUCACUCUUAAAAAAAGUUUUUUUUUCUAGUGUGCUAUUUUGACUUUCACUCUAUUAAAAUGUUUUUUCAAGUGUACUAAGAUGUUUCACUCAAAAAUUUUCAUUAUGCCCAAUUAUGAAAUAUUUUUUACAUUUUGUCAUCUAUAAACCUUACAACAUUUGAGAUUUUUGGCUGAUAUAUUGAGCACCUGUUAGUGUGAGUUUUUACAAUGCACAUUUUUGAUUAAAAUGUAUAUUUUGAUACAAAAA